AUGAGUGAAGGCUCGAGCGCGGUGCUGCUCUCGACUUGUGCAGAGGCGUGCGGCGAGCUCUCCGAGCUUGUGGCCGCAAUCUACGGCCUCGUCUCGGCCGACGGCAGCGCGGCCACCCUCAAGCAGGACAAGUCGGUCUUCACGCUCGCCGACGGCCUCGUGCAGGCGCUGCUCCGGCGGUUGCUCGCGCCCCACGUCGCCAGCAUCGUGGGCGAGGAGGACGAGAGCGAGAUCAGCGUCGACCGGCCGCCCUUCCGCGCCGGCGAGCUCAUCGCGCCCGCCGAGCUCGAGGCGCUCGUCCUUCGCACCCGCGACCGGGUGGAUGCGCUCUCCGGCCAGCUGGCCGGAGGGGC